AUGAAUUCUUUAAAACAACAAGAAGAAGAUUACUUUUUGAACGAAUCUAACUUAUUACCAUCCAUCGAAAUCAGUCAACCCACAAUCUUAAACCGAAGACUACCAUACGUCGAUCAACCCAGCACCCCAAACCUAGAACUCCAAACACUUUAUCCAUCACCACCCACCACAGGAGGCGGAUGCGGAAACAGUCCAGACCAUCACCAUCGAAUGCAAAUCAGCAUCCCAACCCACUCGUUCAUCCAAUCUACCGCCUUUGAUACACCUUCUCCAUCCAAACCAACUAUUAGGAAUUGUAAUGUGUAUUUGAUGAGCUUGUUACUUAGUUUUGGAUUAGGAAUCUUGCUCACCUAUAGCUUGAAUCCAUUUAUAAAUUCAUCAAUUUCGAGUCUUUCAAGUCCUUCUGCCUUAUUACCAAACUGGAUCAAACCAUCAAACCAUGAAUACAUCCAAACUGUUUCAUCCACUCCAACUCCAAAUUCAACAAACCAAACUUAUUCAAUUCUAGACCAAGAUUAUGUUUACUUACCGAACAACUACGAAUCCAUCAACUACAACACCUCCAACUAUCCGAUCCUAAACUUAAUCAAAUUAGCACAAGAAGCAUGGCAAUCUAAACUCGAUUCUCAAUCCAAAACGUUCCAGCAAGCUGUUACAGAAUACGCGAAGAGGUAUAAACGUUUACCUCCGAAAGGGUUUAAGGACUGGUUUGAAUGGUGUUUAAAGAACAAGGUGGUUUUGAUUGAUGAAUUUGAUCGGAUUCAUCAAGUUAUCGAACCUUUUUGGGCUUUACCUCCUCAUGUUAUAAGGAAUCGAAGUGAAAUCGUCGGUUUGGAUGAUGCAUUUACCAUCAUGAGAGUCAAAGAUGGAAAAGUCACCGUCACAGGAAAAAAGAAAGACGCAGGAAGAACAAAAGAUCAAUUAAAUUUGUUAAAGAAAUUUAUUCAAUUCUUACCUGAUGUGAAUAUCACUAUGAGUCAUCAUGAUGGUCCUUCAGUCUUUAUGGAUUAUCAAACUAAACAAAAACAUAUAAAUUAUGCUAGAGAAGGAAAAGUGAUUCCUGAAGAAGAAGUCGAUUUAGUUGAAGAUAAUGCAGCUUUAACUGGAUUUCUUGGAGCUUGUUCACCUGAUUCACCAAUGAGAAUGUAUUCCAAUGGAAUCUUAAAAAGUUUUUCACCCGAGUUUGGGUCUAAAGGUUAUAUCGGAUUAAACCAUUCUGCAACGAUGAAUAUGUGUUUACAUCCAGAAUGGCAAAGUUUACAUGGUUUCACAUCAUGGUCAGGACCUAGACCAGGAGUGUUAAGACCGAUCUUUAGUUUUGCACAACAACCUAGUUUCACAUCUGAUCUAUUGAUCAGUCCAUUAGAACAAUUUGAAGACGUUUUAAUCAAUUCGAAAGAUUUCAAACCAUGGGCGAAGAAAACCGAAUCGAAAAGAUUGAUGUGGAAAGGAACGGCCACAGGCGUUUGGUUUGAUCGACUUAGUCAAUGGAGAAAUUCACAUCGGUUUAGAUUACAUUCGCUUGGCCAGUUUAAUCAAACUGAUUUGAUGGGUUCGAUUAAGGUUUUGAAUGUUAGUCGAGCUUCAGAUACUGGAAAAGAAGAGGUUAUUAGAGUAGUGAAUCGGAAAGUUAGGUUUAAUGAAUUGGUCAAAAGGUAUUUGAAUGUUGGGUUUGUGGGAAAAUUGGGUCAGUGUUCAGUCGAAGAUGGGAGUUGUGAAAAAGUGGGGCAAGAGAUUGAGUUUGGAGAUUAUGUUGAUUGGGAAUAUCAAAAUAAUCAUAAAUACGUCUUAGAUAUAGACGGAAACGCAUGGUCAGGUAGGUUUAGAAGAUUAUUAGGAUCAAACUCAUUAGUUUUCAAAUCCACAAUUUGGCCAGAAUGGUAUCAAGAUCGAAUUCAAGCUUGGUUUCAUUAUGUUCCCAUUAAGAUUGAUUAUUCAGAUUUGUUAGAUUUGAUGAGUUUCUUUACUGGUGAUUUGGAUGGGAAAGGUGGGUUUGAUGGCUUGGCUGAACAGAUUGCUGGGAAUGGUAAAGCUUGGGUGGAUGAUCAUUUUAGGUUUGAAGAUGUUCAGGCUUAUAUGUGGAGAACUUAUUUGGAGUAUGCUAGGGUUUCUUCUGAUGAUAGAUUAGAAAUGAAUUAUAAUAAUUAA